AGGACAAGAUGGCGAAUUAUCGCACUAGCCUAAGAAAUAUAACCUCUGAAUUGAGCAUCAAUUCCCUGAAACGCAGACGAGGCGACACGCAUAGAAGUCCAAACCAAGUUAAAAAACCCAGGAGAGCCGAAGUAAACUACUUACCAGACUAUCCAGCCGGAGAAGACAAAGAGAGUAUGGAGAAAGAGAGGUUGGAACUACUAUCUGAGGUCAACAAGAGGGACAACCAUCAGAUAAUCAAAAUGAAGAUGGACAAAACCUUUGCCCACAGGAGGCAUGAGGUUGUAGUCGACAUGCCCUCCGUUGAAGAAUUCAAGAGCAGAUUGCCAGCUCUUUUUUCUGAACGUGAGAUAUGCGCAGAAUUCACACGUAUUACCACCAUCGCACUGUUGUCCAAGUUUAUGUCAGAACUUGACCACCACUCUUCCAAGCUGUCCAGAGUUUGCCGUAAGAAGGGAGGUGCAGCAGGACGCAAGAUCGCGGAGAUCAUGGCUGUCAUUGAAGAGAAUGACACCAUUGCUACAAGGAGGGUUUGCAACCUGAAAUCACUGGCUGUGUAUUUCAAUGAGGACCCAGAGAAGCUCAUAAAGGAAUAUCUGGACGUGAACUUUGACAAUGCCCAGAGACAGAUGGAUGGGACUGCCAUUGGGAUCUAUGUCAUCAAACAUGAGGGAGCAGAUGCCUCCGAUCCACCAGAAGAUGUAGGGAUCAUAGUUGAGGAUGUUGCUGUGCUCCAGGACAUUGGAGAUGCCGCCACGGCCACUGCUCUGCUGUUAGCGGUCAUCUAUAAUCUGAAUUUGAGCUAACCGCCUGAACUCAAGUACACUUUUGAGUUUCUUCAAAAAGUCCUGAUGGGAAUUGAUACCAACCGCCUUUCAAACAAGGUCCAGGUACUGAAGAACAGACUUCAUGAAUGAGGUGAGCGCUCUUUGAGCCAUGCAGGGGGAGAAGUGGUUUUAUUGACUGUUCAACUGUUCGUAUGCUCUCUCAAGUUGCUUGAUCCGAGCGAUGUCUAAAGGGUUGAGGAAAACUCAUGUGUUAUGGUUAUAUAUGCACUUCAGCUGUAAUAUACACUUUAGCUUCUCAUUUGAAAGUAUGUAAGUAAAUAUUUUGUAAACAUGUUCUGAAACAAAUUACAGAAUUCUUGUAAUCCCUUUCUGUUUUACAUGUAUGUUGUUAAAGGACAGUUUUGAAAGAGGAACAUGAGGAUA